ACUCAGUCCACGAACGUUUGCCACGAGACUUCGAUCUCUCACACCGCAUCGCACACGCUAUCUCUGUCUCUCUUUCUCUCUCUCUAUUCACCCGCCUCGUAUCUCUUUCUCUCUCUGUCUUUUUCUCCACUUUUUUCCUUUUUUCCCGCUUGGCGGACGGAGAACCAAACUGGUGACCGGGGAGGCGCGCGUAGUAACCGUGCAUCGGUCUACGUCAACGGAAGUCUUGCCGUAGUACCCUCGUGCUUUCGGUUACUUCGACCCAUAUAACCGUCGUGCUGCAACCCCCGUUCGUCCGCUUCGACCGGCUGCGGAUCUACCUGCGGCGCAGCGAGGUUUCUGUGACUUUGAUAGCGGUGUGAAAAACCACAAAGUAACAAAAUGGCGGCGUUUGUGGCGAAGCAGAUGGUCGGAAACAAGCUCAAUGCGGUUAAAGGCGCGGUAGGCGGCGAAGGAGGUGACGAGGAUGACAAGGAGAAGGAAGAGGAGGCCGAGAGAGAGAGGCAAGAGGCUAUCAGGGAGGCUGAAGAACGACGAAAGGAGAAACAUCGCAAAAUGGAAGAAGAACGAGAGAAGAUGCGGCAAGAGAUCAGAGAUAAGUAUAACAUAAAGAAAAGGGAGGAGGUGCAAGAGAUGCCACAAGAAGAGCCUAAUCCUCUAAUGCGAAAGAAGAAGACACCAGAGGAAUUGGCGGCUGAAGCUGAAGCUGAAGACGAAGAUGAGUUCACUAAACUGAGAAAUACGAUAGAAACGCAAGUGAACGAGAUCAAAUCGCAAAUUGAAAGUAAGUGCAGUCUCCAAUGAGCCUAUUGCAUCGCGCGGUUCAUGAGAAAGAUGACAACGAUAUUAUACGUUGUCGUCGGACUCGUGUCCGCCCUGCUGCCCACAGGAGUAAAGGAGAAAAGGGUAGCGGAAGAGAUAACGAAGCAACGAGAAAAAGGAAAACUGAUACGUAGAGUCACCAACAUUGGAACGCCAUCGUCGUGUCGAUCAAUCGGAGAUCAAUUCCAGCAGUCGAUUGGUCGGUCAUUGCUUAAAGCAAAGUGAACGACGAGAAUGAGCCAGAAGAUACAUUCCAAGGAUUUUUAAAGGAUUCCUGAAGGAUUUUUCGUUAUACCUUCACACAUUUAGAUGCAACUUCAUCAAAAAUUGAAAAGAUCCUGUCGAGGAUUUAUCCUGCAUGAAAUUUUUAAAAUUAGAAAUUAAAAAAAGAAUAUCUUUUAUGCAAAGAAACGUUAAUCGGAUUAUCUAAAAAAAAGUAAAUGAUAUGAAAUAUCGAAAAUUGUAAAUUCAUGCAAGUUAUAAGAAAUUAAAAAGUCGAAAACUGAGAAAAGAUGUGAUCUUUUAUUAAAAUCUGAUAACACACAAGAAAUUGGCAUUGAUGACUGGAAUUAAAAUGUGAUUACUAAUUGAACAUAUAAAAUUAAAUUUAAUUAAAAAAAAAUUUUUUAAUAAAUUUUAAAAUUCAACUAUAUUGGUGCUGAUAAUUUAUUGGUAAUUCCAGUAAACCAUUCACUAAGAGAGAACCCCAUAACAAUAAAACUACAACUCAAAAUAAAUAAUAUUAUCAAUUAUUUCAACAAAAAUAUUAAUUAAAUAAACAAUGGAGCAUAUUGUUAUAUUUAUAUAAUAAAUGGAAACAAUAUCGAAGGAGAAAAUAAAUCAACAGAAUAAAGAAUAAAAUUGAAAGAUGCUUCUUGAGAAAAUAUAAAGACCAAUUCUCUCGGUUUCUAUACAACCAGAUAUAAAUUUUAGUUUAGAAUUUAUGAAUUUGGAAGAAAUUCUCGACAGAUAUCCUGAAGUUUUUCAGCGCAAAACGAAGAAAUCCAGACAUUGACGAUAUUAAAGAAAAAUAAAAUUAAUUACCAAAAAUAUCGACAUAAUAAUCUUGAAGAGACGUAUGAAAGAUAGACACAAUUAGUAUAUGUUUUUAGAAAGAAUGGAGAUCAAGUAAUUAAAUAUCGCGGAGAAGAAUUAAAAAUCCAAAAGUCUAAUCUCAUUUCGGAAAUAAACAAAUGAAAGAACAUGUGUAAAAACUAAAAGGAGAGAUGACUGAAAUAUUGUCGAUCGUCGAUGGUGUUUGUGAAAGGAAAUUUUAGGGGGUAAAAACGACGUAGACGACGACGAAGACAAAAAAGGAAAGAGAGA